AUGGCCAUCACAAUCACCCUUUCAGAGGACACUGUCCAACACCUUGUUGAAUCUGUUACCACCCUCAUCAAUGCAGAGGAAAGUAGGGGAAGAGACGCGAGCCAUUACAGGGCCUUGCUAUCAGGACUCAAUGAAGGGAUGAGUCUGAACAGGAAUUGUGAUGAAAUAGGCUCUGCCCCACUGCCCUUUCACGCCCACGACGCCAUUGCCCAUGGUGAUGGCACUUUCGGCGACCCUGGCCACAACUCUCAGGGUGAUAUGACUUUGGUAUAUCCAUCAUUGUCAUCUGACGUCGUCGACUCUCCCAUUGACUCUCACAACGACAACUUGGAAUAUACACUAUCCCCUAUUCAACCACCCUUGUCACCACUUGACAGCACAGACAGUGAUUUUGAGGAUGAGAAAAACCGUAUACGUGACUGGGAAGAGGUGACUGUCUUUGGCGCAUCUUCCUCUCCCUCUCCUGUGAUGCCACCUCAGGCCUUCAAUAACUUUGGUGGUGGCGUCUCAGACUGCGAAAGCACCAACGACAAGGGCAUUUUAGGUGGUACUGAGAUGCUGAACCCUAUCAGUCACUCACGACCUGUUGAAGAGCUUGGGGCUGCAGUUCACGAUCCCGAUCCUGAUCCACCAGCACCUCGACGUAUUCAUUUACUUGAUGAUUCAGCAGAUGCACCGCCCACAAAGAGACCUCGCGUCAGUGUUCCAGAUGACGAUUAUGAUCCUGAUGAUUCCGAUGGAGAUUUAGAUGGAUUUGUGGUUGAAGCACGCCUUCCUGGAGAAUGUGAGAAGCGGAAGGGAGAUAGGAAACAAAAGACAACGUCUCGAAGGAAGAAACAGUCAUCUGGAGGAUGCAAGUCCAAGGGCGCCAAAAGGGUUGUUACUUGGACUGACUCUCUCACACUACCACCGCCUUCCCCAGACUCACUCCAGCUAUUGACUCGUCUCUCAACCGUCUCCUCUGAACAACGAACGGUGGAAGCUUUGGGUCGCAUAACACGCCAUCUUAUGCAGCCACCUAAAGAGAAGUUGGAAUGGAAUGACACGUCCCUCGUUGCUAUUGCACGUCGAUGUAAGAUUCUUCAUGAGAUGGAGGGACUCCAUGAUUACAAGCUCAUGCUCUCGUAUCUGCAGCUAACAGUGCAAGGAAGCCCGCAGGAAGAGACUGGGUUCCCUCAGUAUGGCCGAUUUUGCCAACGAGGCAGAGUCAUACCUUCAACUUUCCGAUCCUGGUACUCCAUAGGAACUAGUCUUGUAUAUUUGGCUGCCGCUGUGCUUGAAGCGCCCUGGUUCAAAAUAUCUUUCUGGAACGACUCCACUGGCCAAUGGCAGCUGCACCAUUUUCUGAGCGUUGAAAUCAAUCAAAAAAGCUUAGAUGAGGUUCAAGUAAAUCUCUGGACCGAGUUUAUGACCCAGUUUAUACCUCCAUGCCCAGCGUGUCCAAACUUAAGCCAUUGUACACCUUACCGGAAGCAUCGAAAGACAAAAUUCCAUGUACCAACAAACCGGUGUCCUUUUAAUACUGCAGAGGCACCUCACUGGACAGCAGUGGAACGAAGCAAGGCAGUUGGCGCUGUACCUGUUACGAGUUUGCUUGAACUUGAAAAUACGCUCAAUGAUUUCUAUGAUUCCAACGGUGAAAAGAAGGAUCCAGACUCGUAUAUCCUUGUUGACUCAAAUAUAUGCAAAGG